CCUUUUGUCACUAUUCAUUAUCUAUCUGUCUUCUCACUGACUUCAAAUCAUUUGUAUACAUAUCAAGUGAUCAUAUCUUAUGUAUCUAAUAACCCUGCGAUUCAGAAUCAGUAGUCACAGAAGGUUUCUUGCAGAGAAAACAACUGUUUUGAAACCUUAAACCUCCAAACCUUGCUUCUCCCAUAUUCAGAGACUCUUUCCUGCAUGAGAGAUGGAUACUGGAGUUGUCAUCACCCAAGAACCAGUGUUUACAAAGACAAGUGUUCAAGAAGCUCAUGCAGGAGUAGUACUUGAACACUCAACUAUGGACGUAGACAAAGUAAACCUGAGUACUGUUCUUGAUAACAGCAGAACCAGUACUAUUGAGGGGAAACCAGAAGUUGCUGAGGUUUUAAAUGGUCCAGGGAAUAAAGAAACAGAAGAAUCAAAACACGAAAAAGAAGAAGUGGUCGAAGACAGUAAGAUGGUAAAAGAGAAAGAAAGGGAGACAGAAACGGAUGAACAAGGCACAGUCUUUGUUAAUCAACCUAAAAACACAGAUGAUGCGAAGGUAAUCUUAUUUGAUGUGAAAUUAGAGAAGGAGAAAGAAGAUGAAACUACUCAAAAACCAGAAGAGGUAAGUGUUGAAACAGAAACCAAGAACUCACAAGAACAAGAGAAGGACAUCUCUAAGGCCAUUGAAGAAAUACCAAUAAAGACUGAUGAAGUAGAAGAAGAAAAAGAUUCAAGAACUGUUGAGACCUCUGUAAAUGGAACAGAGGCUGAGCACAAUGAAACCGUUUCAGUAGAAACAUUCACGAGGAACAGUGAGAACAUUGUCAAAGAAACAGCUCCGAAACAAGAAACCACAACACAUGUUGUUGAAACUACAGAAAGAGUCCUUGUUGAAGCAGAAAAAGAUGAAACUGAGACUGUAAAUACAGUUGUAAAAGACCCUGAGAUCGUUAGUAAUGAGGAAACUGCAGUUCAUGACCUGAAAGAGAAUGAAGAAGCAGUGGAAGCAAUCAAGAACUCAGAUGAUGCGGAGCAAGUCUCACGUGAGGUGAGUGGAGACAAAGAAAAAGAAGAAGACAUCAUCCACAAAGAAGCAGAGGUGCAAGAAAGCCCUACUGUUAUCGAAACGCCCACAAUAAAGGAAGAGGACACUGAAUCGAAAGCUUCAAAGGAGACUGAGGAACAUGAACAUGUGUUGGUGAGAGACAUACCACAAGACGAGAACCUUAAACCUAAGGCUGAGACUGUUGAUACUUCAACAGUACAAGAAUCUGCAAUCUUGAAGACUAUGGAAACGAAGAGUGAAAUGCCACAACAGGGUGAAGCUGAGUCUCUGGUGACCAAAGAAGUCAGAGAGCAAGAGGAUACAGAGAACUUUGAAGUUCCAAUAGAUCUUGCACUGAAGGUAGAUAGAGAAGAGCUGAUGGAUGAGAAGAAAGAGGCAGAUCAAGUUGCUGGAGCGCAGAGUAUAGAGAGAGGUCUAGCAUUGAAUGAGUCAGAGGCAGAGGAAACCCCAGUUAUACAGCACUCGGAUGUAGUAGAGUCAGGUGAGCAGAUGGAGAAGCCAUCUCUUGAGUCUCCUUCUAAAUUAUCAGAGGAAACAAGAAAAACCUUAGAAGAGAAGAUCCAAGAAAAAGCUGAAGAAGAAGAAGAAGAAGAAGAAGUAUCACCGCAUCAAGAAGGCCAAGAAGAAGGUUCUUAUGGAUCAGAGAAAGUUCCAGUACCAGAAAGUAUUGAGUCAUGUCUGCCAGUUGAGAAAGAUGAAGAAGUUAAAUCUGAUGAGUUUAUACAAGUUUCAUCUGCAUCACCUGAAGGUGAAAAACUUGUUGAAGCCAAAAAGAUUGAAGUAAUAAAAGCCAAUGAGGAAGAAGAACAAUUAGCAGCAGACAAGACCCAAAGCAUUCUUGAUACUGAACCUGUAAAAUCUAAUGAAGAAACUACAGUUCAUGAAUCUAUAGUCUCACAUGAGGUGACUGGAGACAGAGAAAAGGAAGAGGACAUCAUCAUCCACAAAGCACAAGAGGUGCCAGAAAGUCUUACGAUUGUCGAAACGCCGACAAUUCAGGGUGAGGAUAUUGAACUGAAAGCUUCAGAGGAUACUGAGGAACAUGAACAUGUGUUAGUGAGAGAUAUACCACAAGAGGAGACCCUUGUACCUAAAGCUGAGACUGUAAAUACAUCAACAGUACAUGUAUCUGGAGAACCGAGUCUUGACCUGAAGGAGCAAGAAGAGACGGUGAAGACUGUCACAUCAUCUGAUGAGGUGCAACAAAGUAUUACGUUAAUGGAACCGCCAAAACUCUCACCGGAACAAAUAUCUAAAGAUACAGAAGAAGACGAACAUGUUUUGGAGAGAAGCAUGCCACAGGGUGAGAUCUUUGUAACUGAAGCUGAGUCUCUGGUAACCAAAGAAAGCAAAGAGACGGUUAUGGACCUGAAAGAACAAGAGAAAACAGAGAAACUCGAAGAAGUUCCAUCAGAUCUUGCAUUGGAGGUAGAUAAAGAGGAGGUUAUGGAGGAGAAGAAAGAGGCGGUAGAUGAUGUUGCUGGAGAUCAGACUACGGAGAGAGGUCUAGAACUGAAUGAGUCAGAGGCAGAUCUGGUUGAGAAGCAAUCUAUUGAGUCACCUUCUGAGGAAACAAGCAAAACCUUAGGCGAGAAGAUCCAAGAAAAACCAGAAGAAGAAGAAGAAGAAGUAGCACCGCAUCAAGAAGGUCAAGAGGAAGGUUCUUAUAUAUUAGAGACAAAAGAAGAAGGCCAAGAGAGAGUUUCAGUACCAGAAAGUAGUGAGGUUGAAGAAAAAUCCCAAGAAGAAAGGAGUCUUGAUCUAACUCUUUUGCAAGAAGAAUCAUGCUUGCCAUUGGAGCAAAAUGAAGAAGAAAUAAAAGAGCAAAUCCACAAGCAUGAACAAGAAAAUGAAGAAGUCAAAUCUGAUGAAGUUACACAAGUUUCAUCUGGAUCACCUGAAGGUGAGAGCGUUGUUGAAGCCAAAAAGAAGGAAGAAAUAAAAGCCAAUGAGGAAGAACAAGUAGUAAAAACUGAGACUGUAAAUACAGUUGAAAAAGACCCUGAGAUAGUCAGUAAUGAAGAAACUACAGUUCAUGACCUGAAAGAGAAUGAAGAAGCAGUGGAAGCAAUCAAGAACUCAGAUGAUGCAGAGCAAGUCUCACGUGAGGUGACUGGAGACAAAGAAAAAGAAGAAGACAUCAUCCACAAAGAAGCAGAGGUGCAAGAAAGCCCUACUGUUAUCCAAACGCCCACAAUACAGGGAAAGGACAUUGAACCGAAAACUUCAAAGGAGACUGAGGAACAUGAACAUGUGUUGGUGAGAGACAUACCACAAGACGAGACCCUUGUACCUAAGGCUGAGACUGUAGAUACUUCAACAGUACAAGAAUCUGAAAUCUUGAAGACUUUGGAGACGAAGAGUGAUGAAACAGAUGCCGAACCGAGUCUUGAACUGAAAGAGAAAGAAGAGACCGUCACACCAUCUGAUGAGGUGUUAGUCGAACUGCCAAAACCCUCACCAGAUCAAAGAUCCAUAGAUACUGAAGAAAAUGAGCAUGUUUUGGGUAGUAAAAUGCCACAACAGGGUGAAGCUGAGUCUCUGGUGACCAAAGAAGAAGUAGCACCACAUCAAGAAGGCCAAAAGGAAGGUUCUUAUGGAUCGGAGACAGUUCCAGUACCAGAAAGUAUUGAGCAAGAAGAAUUAUGUCUGCCAGUUGAGAAAGAUGAAGAAGUUAAAUCUGAUGACGUUAUACAAGUUUCAUCUGCAUCACCUGAAGGUGAGACACUUGUUGAAGCCAAAAAGAUUGAAGUAAUAAAAUCCAAUGAGGAAGAAGAACAAUUAGUAGCAGACAAGAUCCAAAGCAUUCUUGAGAUAGUUGAUACCGAACCAGUAAAAUCUAAUGAAGAAACUACAGUUCAUGAAUCUAUAGUCUCACACGAGGAAAUUGGAGACAGAGAAAAGGAAGAGGACAUCAUCAUCCACAAAGCACAAGAGGUGCAAGAAAGUCUUGCCAUUGUCGAAACGCCGACAAUUGAGGAUGAGGACAUUGAACUGAAAGCUUCAAAGGAUAAUGAGGAGCAUGAACAUGUGUUGGUGAGAGACAUACCACAAGAGGAGACCCUUGUACCUAAAGCUGAGACAGUAAAUACUUCAACAGUACAUGUAUCUGGAGAACCGAGUCUUGACCUGAAAGAGCAAGAAGAGACGGUGAAGACUGUCACAUCAUCUGAUGAGGUGCAACAAAGUAUUACGUUAAUGGAACCGCCAAAACAAAUAUCUAAAGAUACCGAAGAAGACGAACAUGUUUUGGAGAGAAGCAUCCCACAGGGUGAGAUCUUUGUAACUGAAGCUGAGUCUCUGGUGACCAAAGAAAACAAAGAGACGGUUAUGGACCUGAAAGAACAAGAGAAAACAGAGAAACUCGAAGAAGUUCCAUCAGAUCUUGCGUUGGAGGUAGAUAAAGAGGAGGUUAUGGAUGAGAAGAAAGAGGCAGAUGAUGUUGCUGGAGAUCAGAAUAUGGAGAGAGGUCUAGAACUGAAUGAGUCAGAGGCAAAGCUGGUUGAGAAGCAAUCUAUUGAGUCACCUUCUGAGGAAACAAGCAAAACCUUAGGCGAGAAGAUCCAAGAAGUUCAAGAGGAAGGUUCCUAUGAGCUUAAAGAAAAAUCCCAAGAAGAAAGGAGUCUUGAUCUAACUCCUUUGCAAGAAGAAUCAUGCUUGCCAUUGGAGCAAAGUGAAGAAGAAAUAAAAGAGCAAAUCCACAAGCAUGAACAGGAAAAUGAAGAAGUCAAAUCUGAUGAAGUUACACAAGUUUCAUAUGCAUCACCUGUAAAAUCCAAUGAAGAUGACAUAGCAGAGAGCUUAAGCUCAGCCGGUGAAGAGAUACAGACAGAAAGGAAGGAUGGAGAUAAUGUACAAAAGGAUGAGACUGCUGAGACAUCUGUAAACGGUACAGAGGAUGAGCACAAGGCAACGGUAUUAGAAGAAGGGAUCUCAAAGAACGAUGAGAGCAUUGUGCCUGAAAAUACUUCAGAAGAAAUCAAAAACUCAGAUGAAGCAGAGGAAAAAUUACAUAAGGUGACUGGAGACAGAGAAAAGGAAGAGGACAUCAUGACCUGGAAAACAACAAAAGAGAUGCAUGAAGAGAACACUACCAUGGAACAUGAAAAUUUGUUGGUGAGGGAUGUGCCCCAGAUUGUUACUUUUGUAACUGAAGCGGAGGAUGUAAACACUUCAACUGUCCACAAGUUCGAAAGUAAUGAAGCAGAGGUGGGCCAAGUAAAACAGGAAACAGAGACAGUCAUUUCAUCUGAUGAGGUGAGACCUUCUGAGCAAGUUGAUGAUUUUGAGACAGAAGAAUAUGUUGAGGUUAAACAUAAGGAACCCCUUCAGAAACUGAAGCUGAGACAUGUAACUGAAGCUGAGACAGAAGUGAGGGACACGCAACAAGGUGAGACCAUUGAUGAACCUGAGUCUGUAGAUACUUCAACAGUACAAGAAGCUGCAGUAUUGAACACAUUGGAGAUAAAGAUCAAUGAAUCAGAGGCAGUUCAUAGCGCAAUAGUUGGAGAAGAAGAAGAAAGACAAGUGCCAUCCCUUGAAUCUCCUUCAGAGGAAACAAGCAAAACUGCAGAUGAGAAGAUCGAAGAAGAAGUAACUCUGCAGCAACAAAGUGAAGAGACAGUAACAGUUCCAGAAAGUAGUGAACUUGGAGUACAAGCCAAGGAAGAAGAAGAAGAAUCAUGCCCACCAAAAAAUGAAACGAAAGAGAAAAUGAGUGAAGAAGAUAGUAGUACUAGUGCUGUGGAAGAAAAAUCUGAUCAAGUUUCAUCUGCACCACUUUCAGAGGAACCGGAAGCGGAAAAGAUUGAAGACUUGAAAGAAAAUGAAGAAGAACAAGUAGCAGAGGCUGUUGAACCUCAUAGUUCACCUCCAGAGGAAAGCAAUACUGUGGCUGAAAAAGUGAAGGAGACAGAACCGAUGGGAGAUACUGGAACAGGAUCCUCCUCUAAACUGGUUGAAGAAGAGAAGCUGAAGCAAGACAAAGAGAUUCUUGAAGUUCCUUCUAGUGAAACAAUUCCACAAGAGACUCUAUAUGAUGAUGUUACAGAAACCCAUGAGGAAGAAGCACAGACAAGAGAUAUUGAACCUUUUGUGAGUGAUAAACAUCAGGAGGAGGAACAAGCCAACGAGGAAAGCCCCAGAAAGAAGGUCAUUUCAGCAGAGGAAGGAGAAAUACAAACAAGAGAGCCUGAAGAAGAAAAUAUGGUUGAUUCUUCUGAGAAGAAUAAUAAUGAGACUCUAAUUGCAGAGACAAAGAAAGAAGAUGAAGAUGAGACAGUGGGUUUAGAUGAUGCUUCAAAGACAUCAGAAAAUGAAUGCAGUAAGCAAGAAGAGUUUGAGAAUCUUGAAACCCCAAAGGUAGAGGACAAGAGCCAGGAAGUUUCUGAGACCAUGGAAGAAAUAGAAACUACAGGUGGUGAUCAGAGUCCAUCCUUUAUCACAGAACUAGAAGACCAAAUUCCAAAGCAAAUUAAGGAGAUUCAUGAAGAAGAAAUAAAGGAAGCUCAAGCUGUGGUUGAUCAGACUUCAUCCUUAAUUUCAGAACAAGUUGAAGAGAUUCAUGAAGAAGAAACAAAGGAAUCACACAAGGUAGAAGAUCUGAGUGGUCAGAAUCUUCCAGUUGAAGCAUCACAGACUCUGUCUUCAGAACUUGAUGAUAAAACUGCAAAGCAGGUUGAAGAAGAAACAAAGGCACAUAAGUUACAAGAAGAAGAAGAAGAAGAAGAAGAAACAAAACCAAAAGAAUCAGAUGAUCAGAUUGAGACUUCAACUGAUGUCACAAAGGUAGAAGAUGAAGAAGAAGAUACAAAGGAAACUGAUACCCAAGUGGCUGAGAUAAUGAAAGCUCAAGAGUUAAAGGGAACUCUACAACCCGGUGCAGCUAUGGAAGAUCAAGAUCCUGAAAACAGCUCAGAUGAUUUUACUUUCUCAAAGCCAAUAGGAGAUGAGAAUAGCUCAACUCUUCCAGUUGUUGGAAUCUUGAAAGAACUCCAGACUACAUUGGAGGAGAGUGAGAGAGGAAAUUAUUUGAAUUCAAUCAAUGCAGAACCAGAAACCUUGGAGAAGAGUCUUGUCUUGGAGGAGACUCCAGCUUCUGAGAUAAUAGAAGCAAACAUGUUACAAGACAGCAUAAGCAGAGAGCUUGAAUUCAAUGUAGAAGAAACUCCAGCUGAUUUGUCACUUACAGAAGUGUUACCUGGUGAGAAAAUUCUGAUUCCAUCAAAUCAAGAAGAAGGCAAGAAACAAGAAGAUUUGAAUGCUUCAACAUCAGAGAAGACAAGCCUACAAGAAGAAGAGCAUCCCGGAGAUUUUGAAAUCUCUAACAAGGAGCACAACGCAGAGACUCAAGAAACUGUUAAAGAAGAAGAUCAAACUUUUGAUAAUAAAGAGGAAAAGAAGAAUGAGGAGUUACAAGAUGAGAAGCUUAGUACUCUUUAUGCGACAAGGGAAACCGAUGAAACUUCUUCACCAGAAGUGAAUAAUAAUAAUAAUAAUCAAGAAGAUGCAAGUGAGCUCGGAGUUAAUCAUGAUUCCGCUACUACACCGCAAGUAGAAGAAGAGCAAGAAGCACAGAGUGUGUUGGGGAAUGAUCAAGAGGUAUUAACAUCAGAGAAGAAAAUCACAGAGCCUCUGAGUGUAGGUGAGAAAGAAUUAACUGAACAACAUGUUCAGGCUCAGGCCGUAUCAGAUGAUACAAAGAGCAGUAAUGAGAUGGAUUUUAAUUCAGAACAAAUACCAAAGGAUCAAAGAGAAGAGGCUGGAGAAACUGCUGAUUCUUUGAUCACAAGUGAAAAAGUCCAACUGCAAGAUCUGUCCAAGGGCUUUGGACAAGAGAAACAACAGUCGACUGAUCUCGCAUAUGUCCAGGAAGAUCUUGAUGGUGAAAUAAAAGAUGAGGGCCAUGAUUCAGUUUUAGCACAUAAGAAAGAUUCAGACUUAAUUGAGGAGAAGAAGGAGGUUGAUUAUGUGAAGACAGAGCCGGAAGAUGCAAUCAAACAUGGAGUUUCCACACAAGAGAAGAACAUAUGUGAAAAAACUGGCCUUGAAGCAACAAAAGAGAUAUACCAAGAGGAGUGCAAGAAAACAGAUACUGCAACUGGUGUCAAGGAAGAGAUCAAAGAAGAAGAGAAGGAAACAACAGAGGAUAGUUUGAACAGUAUGAAGAACGCCGAUGAUGAAACUAAAGAUUAUGGCCUUGAUUCAGUCGUAGCACAAAAGAAAGAAUCAGGCUCAAUAGAAGAGAAGAAGGAGGUUGAUUAUGUGAAGACAGAGCUAGAAGAUGCAGUUAAACAUGGAGUUUGCACUGAAGAGAAUAACAAUAUGUUUGGAAAAAUUGGCCAGGAAGCAACAAAAGAGAUCUAUGAAGAGGAGUCUAAGCAAACAAAUACUGUAACUGCUAUCAAGGAAGAGAUGAAAGAAGAAAAGAAGGACACACCAGAAGAUUUUUUGAACAGUAUGAAGAACACUGAUGAUGCUACAGAAAAAUCAAAACCCGAGAUUCAAGAGAUUGACAAAUUGUCUCCUGCCAGUGAAACACCACAAAAGCAAGGAGAUGAAGUUCCAACCCAACAGAAAAGGGAAAUAGCUGAUGAUGUUCCAAAGAUAGAGAAUCUAGAGAUUGCAGAAAAGGUGCAGCAAAAAUAUGGAGAAGAUGAGACUGAACCAACCGUAAAAGAACCAGCUAGGAAGUCGCUAUCAGACCUCAUCCAAAAUGUGAAAGUAACAGACAAGCCUGAAGUUGCAACAACAGAACCUCGCAUGGAAGAAGAGGCGACGGCAGAGGGAGAAGAUGAGGAUGGAGAGGAACAUAAAGAUGAUAAAACAAGUCCAGAUUCCAUUGUGAUGGUUGAAGCUAAAGAUACAGUUAGCAUCAUCAAAACUCAAAAGAAAUCACAUGGCAUUCUCUCUGGUGUUGGCUCAAAGGUGAAACAUUCAAUUUCAAAGGUGAAAAAAGCACUCACUGGGAAAUCUUCUCACCCAACAAAGCCCUCAUCACCACAGUGAGGAGGCCAAAAACAAAACAAACAAUAUCUAUAAUGGUUUCUUUUUAUUUUUCGUUUGUUGACUGAUUUGGUUGGCUUUUGUGAAUAUUACAGCUUUGUUUGUGGGUUGUUGUUUUCAUAAUCUUUUCCCAUAUAAAUUUCAGAAUGAAUAGGUGUUAUUACA